AGAGGCGAUGGGCUCCGAGUUCUGAAUUCUCAUACGCAGCGGCGCCGCUCUCCGAUCCCUGUCGCUCUUCACGGGUGUUUUUUUUUUUUCCCCCCCUGUUUUCCUCUUCUGUGGAGAAACAUCGCUAAACGGGGGGAGGGAGAAGCACAGAGGUUCGAGUUCACACACCCGCCACUUUUGUGUUUUCUCCCCUUGCCGUCUCACCUGGAAAGGAGAGGAGACCUGUCAUGGAUCAAGACAAAUACCUACCGGAGCUGAUGGCCGAGAAAGACAGCCUGGACCCUUCCUUCGUGCACGCGAUGCGCCUUCUGGCCGAAGAAAUCGAAAAGUAUGAAGGGGACGACCUGAGGAAAGACGGUGAGGUGAAGAAGUACCUGGAUAUCAUCAGCAACAAAAACAUCAAGCUGUCGGAGAGGGUGCUCAUUCCAGUACAACAGUACCCAAAGUUUAAUUUUGUUGGGAAACUACUGGGACCCCGAGGCAAUUCCAUGAAAAGAUUACAAGAGGAAACCGGCGCUAAAAUGUCCAUCCUCGGCAAAGGCUCAAUGAGGGACAAAGGCAAGGAGGAAGAGUUGAGGAAGAGCGGCGAGGCGAAGUAUGCCCACUUGAGCAACGAUCUCCAUGUUUUAAUUGAAGUCUUUGCUCCACCCGGAGAGGCCUAUUCCCGCAUGAGCCAUGCCUUGGAGGAGAUUAAGAAAUUCCUUGUUCCAGACUACAAUGAUGAGAUUCGACAGGAGCAGCUGAGGGAACUCUCCUACUUGAAUGGGUCAGACGACUCAAGCCGAGGGAGGAAUGUCCGGGGGCGAGGUUUGCGGCUAACCUCCACAACAUCCACAAGGGGACGAAGCGGAACUGCCCCUCCCCCUCCCCCAGGCCGGGGCGCCACAGCACCACGAGGUACCAUCACCGGACGGGGGUCCCUGCCAGGGAUCCCGGCGGCCAGGGGCGUCCCAGCCCCCCGGGCUCGAGGAACCCCAGGAACUCCUGGAUACAGGCCUCCACUUCUGCCAGCCACACAUGAGUCGUAUGACGACUAUGGUUAUGAUGAUGGAUAUGACGGCGAGUAUGACGAUCAGAGCUAUGAAGCCUACGAUGACAACUAUAGCAACCAGACGAAAAGCAUCUCCGAAUACUACGAAUACGGCCAUGGGACAACAGAGGAAGUCUACGACAAUUACGCAGAAGAGGACUGGACCGCAGCCCGCCCUAACCUGAAAGCCCCCUCAGCAAGGCUAUCUCGACGGGGCUACAGGGAACAUCCCUAUGGUAGAUAUUGAAGGUGCUCCACAUCUGUGACCUCCAACAAAAGACAGCCCUAUAACUCUGUGGCCCCCCCCACAAAAAGCAAGAAAGUUAAUCGUUCUUUUUUUCUCGGUUCCCCCAAGGACCUCACCUCCAGGGGUGUUACAUGCAUAACCCUUAACCUCUGACCCAACACAAUGUCAGCUUUCUGUUUUUUGAUAACAUGGACUUGUUUUUAAAACGUACGAGAAAAAAGCAAAAAAAAAAAGAAAAAAGAAAAGAAAAAAGGAAAAACAAACUAAACGAAAUCUGGCAAGUUAUGUCGAUAAA